AUGGCGUCGGGACAGGACUGGGAUCCGGUGGUCCUUCGCAAGAAGCCUCAAUCCGCAGCAGCACGCAAGGACGAAGCAGCUGUAAAUGCGGCCCGGCGAGUGGGUGCUGAAGUGGAGACCAGCCGCAAGCACGAGCGGGUCUCCACAGAGCUGAAGAAGCAGAUCAUUCAGGCACGCACUGCCAAGAAACUCACGCAGGCGCAGCUGGGCCAGCUCAUCAAUGAGAAGCCGUCAAUCAUCCAGGACUACGAGACGGGCAAGGCCAUCCCCAACCCACAGGUGCUUUCAAAGAUGAGCCGCGUGCUGGGCGUGGUUUUGAAGAAAAACCCUGGCAAGUGA